AUGGUCGCCGUUUCUACGCCGGCGCCGGAGUCUUCCACGGUUGCUACGGCACCGAUAACUUCUCUGUUGCUUCCUAGAGGCUUCGUAUUUGAACCGAGUGAUGAACAAUUGCUAUUUUACUAUUUGAGGAGGAAGCUGUUGAACAAAAGCUAUCCCAAUGCAAUUGCUGAUGUCGAGUUCUACAACCACGAUCCCUGGGAUUUAAUAGCCAAAUCCAGGCUGAAAUCAAACUGUGUGUGGUACUUCUUCUCUCGUAAGAGCACUGCUGGUGAAACAAAACGGAGCACUCCAAGCGGGAUAUGGGUUUCAGGAGGUGAUAAGAAAGUGCUAACCGAUAAGAGCAGCACAAGCACUGGUCUAAAGACUUCAUUCAACUUCUUUCCUGAGAGUGAAUCAAACGACGUGGAGCAUGAUGCGAUUGUUUUGUGCAAGGUCUCCGUGAGUCUUGCUAUCAAGGUUGAAGAGAUCAUUUCGGAAGAACUAUUCAUAGGACCAUGCGAAGGCGAAUGUGUAUUGAACCGAGAAGCAAGUGUACCUCCUUUAUCAUCCUCUUCCUCUGUCUCUGACGAUGAGGCCCGAUACAGGCUGAUUGUGUGA